GCAGUGGGUGAGUCCCGGUGCUGGUGUAUGUGUGUGUGUGUGAGAGGAUGAGGAUGAGGAUGAAGCAGCAGAGUGUGUUGUCGUUUUUCCUUCUCAGCGCUUUUUACAGCGUCGUCUCGUCGCUUUAUUUCCACAUCGGUGAGACGGAGAAGAAAUGUUUCAUCGAGGAGAUUCCCGACGAGACGAUGAUCAUCGGAAACUACAGGACUCAGCUGUACGACAAACAGAGGGAGGAGUAUCUUCCUGCCACACAGGGGCUGGGCAUGUUUGUCGAAGUCAAAGAUCCCGAUGACAAGGUGAUUCUGUCUCGUCAGUACGGCUCAGAGGGAAGAUUCACCUUCACGUCGCACACACCGGGAGAACAUCAGAUCUGUCUGCACUCCAACUCCUCCAAGUUCUCCCUGUUUGCUGGAGGCAUGCUGAGGGUUCACCUGGACAUCCAGGUGGGAGAACACGCCAACAACUACGCGGAGAUCGCUGCCAAAGACAAACUGACGGAGCUGCAGCUGAGAGUGAGACAGCUGGCGGAGCAGGUGGACCAGAUCCAGAAGGAACAGAACUACCAGAGGUACCGUGAGGAGCGUUUCCGUCAGACCAGUGAAAGCACAAACCAGCGCGUCCUCUGGUGGUCCAUCGUCCAGACUCUCAUCCUGGUCGCCAUCGGCAUCUGGCAGAUGAGGCAUCUCAAGAGCUUCUUCGAGGCCAAGAAACUGGUGUAGAGUGUGUGUGUGUGUGUGUGUGUUUAAUCUCUACUGAUGGAUGCAGUAAAAACUCCUGAGGAGUCACGACGCAGAAAAAUCCAACAUCAUCGUCAUCAAGACUGUUGUUGUUGUUGUUUUUCCUCAUCCGUUUAUCACAACGACAGAAAAACAUGUGGAGCUAUUUAUUACACAGCUGUCAUAUCACGCGUCUUUGUGAGGGACAUGUUUGUUUGUUUGUCUGUCUGUGUUUAACAUGUUUGUUUGUCUGUCUGUGUUUAACAUGUUUGUUACUGGCCACUAGAGAUGUCGGAAAGAAGAGUUGGGUUUUGUUAGUCUGAGUCUCAGAGUCCUGAGUCCUCAGAUUAUAAUCAGAUUAUUAUAGUUUUUGGGGGGCGGGGCGAGCAUAUUUUCAGAUGUAACAAAGAAUGAAUAAAGAUCAGUGAAGAUGUUUAAAAACGUGUGUUUUUAAAGGAAAUGAUAAACAAGAGAACAUUUUUAUAACUUGUGCAGAUUAAAGCAGAUGUUUGUUUGUUUUCAGUGUCACAUGAUCGGUCAUAAUCCAGUUUGGUGAAGGAGGAUGUGAUGUCACUGUGAUUCUAUUUGUUACUUUCAUUUGAGUGAAGCUUUUCUUUUUUCGUUUGUGUCCAAACUGAAUGUAUGUUUUCAGUCAAAUCCACUUUUUCUGCGUCCACGCUGAUUUUAAUGACCUUUAUUUUGAAAAACUACUUCAGCAGCAGCUUCUGCAGUAAAAAAAAAAAAACCUCUAUAAAGUUAAUCUUUUAUUUGUUUUUCCUCUGGUGGUUUUUGUGUUCAACUGUUUCUGUUUCCCUGGCUUUGACUUUAAAUCAGCGGUGAAGGUUCAUUUUUAUUUUAUUUUGAAGAGAUUCUGUCAAUGAAAUCUGUCAGGAAAGUUGCACUUGAAAUAAAGUUUUGUCACCUUUGA